GGAUUACAGCUUGAAUUGUUACAAAAGUUCACAAUUCACCUCUGAGCGCCAAUAAUGUAUGUGUAGCGUCAAUCGCGGCCUGCGUAGAUCCCGGUCUGCAUAAGGCCAGACUAUAACUGCUCACUGGUUCGAUAACGAUUCUCAUCCUCUUUAAUUAACCAGACGGUAUAAUCCAACUCAUAAUGACAGAAACGAUCCUAGAGGUCCAUAACAUUGGGGUAUACCAAGCACCAGGGCAACCUAUAAUCACGGAUGUCAACUUCGAAGUACGUGAAGGUGAUAUCGUUAUUCUGCAGGGUAAGAGCGGAGCGGGAAAGUCGACGUUAUUGAAAGCGUUGGCGCAUCUAACCCUGUACGAGGGUGAGAUCGACUACAGAGGAAAGACACCCCAGUCAUAUGGUAUCCCAAACUACCGUACACGCGUUCUCUACGUUCCCCAACGUCCGUCCCUUCUCCCCGGAACGCCACGAGAGUUCCUGAAAGUCGUCACCGGCUUCAAAUCGCACAAGUCUCAACAUACACUAGACAUCCACGAACCUAUACGUGUCGGAAAGGCCUGGGGAAUUGAAGAGGAGCUGUGGGACCGUAAUUGGUCGAACCUGAGCGGAGGCGAGAGCCAGAGAGUCGCGUUGGCUAUUGCGGUCGGGAUGCGGACAGCUGAGAUCCUGCUAUUAGACGGUAUGUCAGUUAUCAAUAGAGGAAGCGUAACGUUCUCAAUAAUUACUCCCCUACUGUAUUUGUUAGAACCGACCUCCGCUCUGGAUGCACAAACGUCUAUCACCGUGGAGAAUUACCUGACGCAGUUGACGAAAUCACCCGACAGCAACCUCAAAGCGGCCGUCUGGAUCACGCAUUCACCAGAUCAAAGUAAACGAGUCGGUACUCGAUUUUUGCGCAUAGCGGACGGAACCCUUCGCGAGGAGAGUUCUUAUGUAUGACCCAUGUUAUGACUUUGUUGCAUUUAACAUUGUAAAAUAGAGAUAUAAUGAAUUAUCGGCAGAAAUUCCGAGUUGAGGACCCUUAGCUCAAUCGGUAGAGCAUUGUACUUAUGUGGAUAACGUCAUGCAGGGGUCCCGAGUUCGAUUCUCGGAGGGUCCAUUCUUUUUAGUUUCGCUCAACUGCGCAGUUCUCAUUUUGCUCAGUACAAGAUAAAGCAUGAAAACAACAUGAUAGCAAUGAUGUAUAUACCGAAUGCACACCAGAUGACAAUACUAGUGUGCUAUAAUAAUG